AUGAAAUCGGGCAGCACCAUCAUCUUCAUCUCUACCGACCUUGCAGACUCUGCUUCGGCGCCUCCAGAGCUUCUACUUUACGUGUCCACGAAAUCUGCGUUGAACCAGAUGACACGAAUAAUGGCCAAGGAACUUGCCACGCAGGGCAUUCGGGUCAAUGCUAUUUCUCCUGGAGCAACGGGGACCGAGCUCUUUAACAAGACCAAUAGUGUCGACACCAUACAAAAGAUUGCCAGUGGGAACCCCUUCAAUCGAACUGCGGACCCAGAUGAGAUCGCCGAAGCGGUAAGUCUGCUGUGGAAGAAUGAAAGCAGGUGGAUUACUGGGCAGGUGGUGAAGGUGGAUGGCGGUUCGGCAUGA